GGGCCAGCCUGCACAGCCCGCGCGCACCCGCGAACAGGCCCAGCAGCUCGCAAGCGUGUGGCAUCUCUCCCCCUCCUCGUCCUUUCCAUGGUCGUAUGAAACAACUUCAGAGCGUCGUUCGGACGGCAGCUCUCUCCCUGCUAUCCAGCGUCGACGCACCGCAAGGCAUCGCCGCCACCCGGUCCUCUCUCCCUCCCAAAUCUCCCCCUCCCCCGUUCUUUCGCCUUGGUCUUGACCUCCAGCGUCGGCCAGGCCCUCAAAAGUUUUCUCCAGACUCAAGCUCUGCACGUCCCUCCAACGGUCCCUGCUUCCGUGACUGGUCUCCCGCACUUGAGAAGCAGGCUUGAGGCUCUUCGCGUGCCCACCUUUCGCACGACUGUGCUACCCCGUUACAGCUCUGCCCUUCUGUUCAACCCAUCGCUCUCUCACACAAGCCGGGCGAACCAGCCGAGCAGCAUCUCGGUGUGUGCCCGCACCGCACCGUCACGGGCGCUGGCCAAAACUUCUCCUCCCUCCAUCCGCGCGCACUGAUGCGCAGCAUCAAUGUCUCCGACCUCUCCGACUGUUGUUGCGUUUGCCAACAAGUGAGCGUGAGAUCUACGCAUUGAAAUUUGAGGCUCUGUAGUACCACCUAGCCUCGCCAUUCCGCUCUGCUAUUGGUCCUGUCAUCCUGGAGCCCCCUGCCAUCGGGCAUCUGCUCGUCAGUACGGCUGGCGCUGACCAUCCGGGACCUAGCCUCUGUUUCUCUGAAAGUGGAUAUAGCUCUCAUUGCCCAAUCUUUACUGCUUUUUGCCUGUGAACGUACAAGGUCCGACUUUCGGACGGCAUGUCACAGACCUACGACGAUUACGACGCAUACGGGCUUGGAGAAAGGGAGCAGUUAGUCCCCUUCAAACCCAAAAUCACGCCGGAGAGCUCUCCAGAACGCUCUGUGAACAUAGUCAGUGCGCCGACAUCAAGAAGUACGGAGAAGGCUAAGUCUAGACGUAAGACAUUGCCCAGCAAAGGGGACGCAUAUCUGCUUCGCAUAUCUCAGCCUAAUUAUACUGACGUGCAUCGUGAAGCAGAACGCCAUCUCCCCAGUGCGGAUUCGGAUGAGGAGUCGGGGGAGGAUGUAGCUGACAUAGACGAAAGAAUAGCACAGGAAAUGUUUCAGACAGAGAAUGGUGCUCGAAAGAUGAACGACAAAAAGCAGAAUCAAUACGACCAGCGACGCAUUGAAUCUUUGGUUACUGCCGAAGUCGAAAUGGUGGAUGUCGCAGACGUCAGAAAGCAAGCGACACCCUUUGAGAAAACGCACAGCGCGGAGCGGACAGAGGCUGCCGAAGAUCUGCCUCAGUUAGCAGCAAACGCUCUUCAGAACAUGGGCAUCCACAGCCCUCCCAAUUAUCAAACCACCUCCACGGAUCCCACGGACUCGGACCGUCGGCAGAGCAGCAGCACCACAACGAGCGCACAGUCGCGCAAGCUCUCCGACGGACUUGGAAUUCGAAUCAAGUCCGAAGCACCGUCAUCCUUUACGCCUAUGACUCCAGUUGAACCAAGCUUCCAGAACAGCGACCCGUUCUUCGUUUCAUCGUAUUUCCCCAAACAUCGAAACUCGGUCGGCUCGCCUGGUGAGAAAAUUCCUGCGAUAAGUCCAGUCUCACCAGAAGCUGCCAAUUCACUGCAGAAGCUUCCAUCUGCCAAAGAAAUCAUCGAGAUUGCGAACAAGACGAAUGAGCACCGUCAACGCCAGGCUUCGUUGUCUUCCAUGUCCGCACCCUCGCCUUUACCUAAUGGUCACUACCGUGCCUCAUUUUCGAACGCGCACCCGUCGCCGAGUAUGAUUGGCGAGCCGAAGUCCUCGCUCGUGCUCUCUCCACCGUCCGUGACGUUGCGGCGGGAAAGCUAUCCCCUCGCUUCGUCCGCAGCAGCAACCACUGGUGACAGCCUUACAAGCCCAGAUGCGGCCAGCCCGCAUACACUACCUACGCCAAAGAGCAACCACAGACUGAGCAUUGACGAAAAUACAAGAACGCUACCGCCCCUUCCCGGCCUUGGACCCCCCUCGAUAAGUGUCUCGACAAUACCCGCGGCUGGAUCGGGGGGAUAUAAAUGCGACUUUCCCGGAUGCACCGCUCCCCCCUUUCAAACAUCAUAUCUACUCAACUCCCACGCAAACGUGCAUUCCACGAACCGUCCGCAUUACUGCCCUGUGCCGGGUUGCCCACGUGGCGAGGGCGGCAAGGGUUUCAAGAGGAAGAAUGAGAUGAUUCGGCACGGUCUAGUGCACGAUUCGCCGGGCUACGUGUGUCCGUUUUGUCCGGAUCGAGAGCACAAGUACCCUCGGCCAGACAACCUGCAACGUCAUGUUCGCGUACACCACACGGACAAAAGUAAGGAAGAUCCUUUGCUUAAAGGCGUCCUUGCUCAACGUCCCGAGCUGGGCGGCGGCAGCAGAGGCAGGCGCAGGCGAAUGGCUCCAUGAUCGUUCGCUUUCAACAUUCGACCCUGAUUCUUCUUAAUUUUUUUUUUUUAUUUCAUAACCCACAUAUGCACGUAAUAUAGUUUCUCAAGCUGAAGGUUUCGAGGGCAGCAACCAAGUGCUGGGAUGCCCGGGUUGACGGGCUGGUCGGGACACGCAUGUACCGAGCGGACUCUGGCGUUUUUUCCACGGUCGUCGUCGUCUUCGCCACGGACAGCGGGCGUGCUGGGAAGUAAAUAAUUUGGGAACUCUCGUUUUGAUACCCCACCUCAUUGUUGGUGCUGGUGCUGGUGCUGGUGCUGGUGCUGGUGC